AUGAUUAUCACCAACAGAAAGAUAAGUUAUCCAGAUUGCAAAGUAAUUCUUUCCCACGCCGGAGGAACCCUGCCCUUCUUGAUUACGCGCGUUUGUACCGUGCCCAAGGAAGCCGCUGCAACCGCCCGCAUUUAUGGGAAAUCCUCCAAGGAGAUCAUGGAAGACUUCCGGUCAUUCGACUUUGACUUGGCCUUCUCCAGUUCCGAGGUCGUACUCAAACUAGGUCUCGAUGUUAUUCCGCAUGAUCAUAUUACUUAUGGUUCCGAUUUUGGUUAUGCGUCCCCCGACAAAUCACUUGGCUUCAAGCAAAUUCUAGACGGCUUCCCGCUUGACCCAGAGCUACGCGAUAAGAUCUUGCGAACAGCCUUUUCAAAGCUCUAUAGUAGUAUGGCUCUAGGAUGGGAAAGUAGCGUUAACUUUCUAAAAUUUUUGGCUCGUCGUGUCAUGGGAGAUAAUAUCGAAAUUGAAAUCAUGAAUGACCAAAUGUGCCAUCAUUUUGAGACACUCUUCCAUGCCCAUAGCUCUUCUGAAGGCGUAUCUGAACUUGACGCGCCAUAA